AUGGUCCCUAAUGAGGGAUAUUUGUAUAAAGCUCUCAUUCAGCUGCUGAAGCACUUUGGUUGGAGCUGGGUGGGAAUCUUUUUUACAGAUAUUAGGGGUGAUUAUAAAAAGAGAGACCUAACGGAGCUGAUUACAAGCAAUGGGAUAUGUGUGGAAUUUGCUUAUGAAUUAGACUGGAAGGAAUUGAAACGGGAAUCCUGCUGGGCAUGUGUGAUCCAAAGAACAACUGCCAGAGUUAUCAUAGUGAGUGUUCCCCGCGAGCAGAUAACAUUAGAUCUGGCCUCUAUACAUGCAAAUUCUAGAUUCAGGAGAAUAUGGAUUUUGAUAGUCACAUCGUAUAAAGAUCUCGUUUUUCAUUAUGAUUUUACAGAAAUCUUCAAUGGAAGUCUGGCUUUUCUGAUAUCUGGCGAUGAAAUUCCCGGAUUUGAGGAUUACUUCCUCCGGGCAAACCCUGCUCGGUACCCAGAAGAUCCCUACAUUUACUCAAUGUGGUUGAGUUGUUUUAUCUGUAUUACUCCUCAAAUGAAAAAAGAAGCGUUGACUAUGAGUGAUGCACCCAGACUUCAGGACUAUAUGCUUAAAGACUGUCUCGGAAAUGAGACCCUUGCAUCAAUCCCUCACUAUAGACAGCUGGAUCUCAGAGUGCCCUACAGUGUGUACAAGGCUGUGUAUUUGUUGGCCCAGGCUCUACAUGUAUUGCUCUCAGAGAAGACUUCUCAUGGGGCUCCUACAGAGAAAGCCCGACUGGAGAGGGAACUGAACCCAUGGAAGCUGAAUCACUUGCUAAGAAAUAUUCAUUUUACAUCUUCAUCAUCCCAAGAAGAGAUUUAUAUCAAUGAAGAUGGAGAAGCUCCGGGACAAUAUGACCUGACAAACUGGGUUGUACCCCCUGAUCCGAGAGAGGGUCAAGUGAAUGUGAUUAAAGUGGGAAGCUUUAGCACUUUGACCCCCGACCAACUGAUUGUCAAUGACAGCGCCAUCUUGUGGCACCCGUCUUUUACAGAGAAUUGCCCGGAAAGUACAAUUACCUGCUGUUAUGGGGUUUGGUUUCAGAUCCCAAUCUCCGUGUGCAGUGACAGCUGUAUCCCAGGGUACCGGAAAAAUUCCCGGGAAGUAGAGUUUUCCUGCUGUUAUGACUGUGUGCCCUGCGCAGAGGGACACAUCUCCAACACAACAGAUAUGGAAACGUGUAUCCAAUGCCCAGAAGAUCAGUGGCCCAAUGACAAGAGAACUAUUUGCAUCCAGAAAAUAACAGAAUUCCUUUCAUAUGAGGAUCCCUUGGGACAGUCUCUGGCUGCAGUCUCGGCUCUCUCCUCUCUUACUGUCAUUUUAGUUUUUCUGAUUUUUCUCAAAUAUCACAAAACUCCUGUGGUCAAGGCCAAUAACCAAACCCUGAGCUACUCCCUCCUCCUCUCCCUCACACUGUCCUUCCUCUGCUGCUUCUUGUUCAUUGGGCGCCCUCAGAAAGUGACCUGCCUGCUCAGACAAGUUACAUUUGGGAUCAACUUUACACUUUCUGUCUCUUGUGUCCUGGCUAAAACUGUCACAGUUGCCAUUGCCUUUAAUGCCACAAAGCCGGGAAGCAAGAUAAAGAAAUGGGUGGGAACAAGAGUGUCCCUCUGCCUGGUCCUUCUCUGCUCUCUGCUCCAGGUUGGGAUAUGCCUGGUCUGGCUGAUCUCCUCCCCACCAUUCCCAGACUAUGACACUCACACUUACACUGGGAAGAUGAUAUUACAAUGUAAUGAAGGCUCUGUCACUGCAUUCUACACUGUGAUUGGUUACUUGGGGUUCCUGUCGGGAUUAAGUUUCAUAGUUGCUUUCCUGGUUAGGAAGUUACCAGCCAGUUUCAAUGAGGCCCAGCUGAUCACUUUCAGCAUGCUGGUGUUCUGCAGUGUUUGGGUGUCCUUCAUCCCAGCGUACCUGAGCACCAAGGGCAAAUACAUGGUGGCUGUGGAGAUCUUCGCUAUCCUGGCUUCCAGUGCAGGGCUGCUGGGCUGUAUCUUCAUUCCCAAGUGCUACAUUAUCCUCUUCCGCCCUGAGCAGAACACCCGCCGGGGCCUUACUGGCAAACACUUACAGUGAAUUAUUGCUAACCUUCCUGUAAUUGUCGCUAUUCUGGUUAUUAUGAGGUGAUAUCAGUUUGGACACCUGUAAUUCUUCUCCAGAAUGUUCCUUGGUAACGUCAAUCUCAAUAGAAUUCUCCUGAUUGUUUCGAUGCCUUCCAUCUCCAUGUCCCCUUCAUCCUUUCCCUUCAGUCCCUCUGUAUUCUGUAUAUUCAAUUCCAAGUGCUACGUUACCCUGUUCCACCCUGAGCAGAACCCCAAGAGACUCCUCACUGGGAAACACAAUCAUUUAUUGAUAAACUUGCCCGUGUCAUUGUAAUUAUUAUAAUUCCUUCAAGUCAGUUUGCUCCACAAUUAUUUUGCCCUCUGUUUGGGUAUUUAGGUUUGUCAGUGUCUGGUUACUGAAUACUGUGAAGUAAGACUAGAA